CCAAUCCCCGCUUCCCCGCUAUCUUCUUCUUCUUCUUGCCCACGAAACCUCUCUUCUCUGCUUCUGCUAACAGUGUGACGGCGGCGGCGAUGGUAGUGCUCACGGAGGAGUUCCACGGCCUGUCGCUGAAGCGGAAGGGCGCCUACGAGCCGGGCCUCUUCGACGGCGCCGACGACCGCUCCUCCGGGCUCUCGCUCCCCUGCCGCGCCACCAAGAUGCGGCGCCUCUCGUGUCCUGAUGGCCCUAGCGACGGGGACGACCAGGCCGUGACGGCGGCGUCGGAGGAUGACGUUGCGAUGGGCGACGCGGCGCCGUCUCAUUCGCCUGGCACCGUUGGCGGCGACGAGAGGGCGGUGGUGGUGUACGGAGACGGCAGCAGCAGCAGGCGGAUCGACGCCCCGCGCCUUGCCCUGCGCGCCGGUGUGGACGCGGAUUGGAUCCGUGUCAUGUUCCGGGAGGCGAACAGCAGGACCGUGCGUGAGCUGCUCGCCGGCGCCGCCUUGGAACGGAGAUCUGAGCCCGAUCUCGCCCUGGCCGUCGUACCCUGGGUGGCGGUGGCGCCGACGACGGCGGAGGAGACCGCAGAGGCGUCCACCGCCGUUGAGGCAGCGGACGACGGGGCCGACGGCGAGGGUGCGGCUGCGAUGGACGUCGAGCAAGACGAGGUGCAGGAAGGUGGCCGGCCCUGGACCGGCCAGGACCAGGCGUACGACGCCGCCGUUGGGGAGGAGUUGGUGUACAGGUGGCCGCAGCACUGCUGGGCUAGCCCGAUGAUGUGGUCGUGCUGAACGUCGUAUGGUAUUGGGUGUGUGCUGCCGACUGCCGUAGCAGUAGACAGAUUGUAGAGCAGACACAUGUCGAGUGAUUCCAGCUGGGAAUGGGGAUGAGACCGGUCGCCAUUGCCGAUGGCAUGGGAUGAUGGGAGGCCUUCUCGUUCUCGCCAUGACCUGUUCGUUGCCGAGAUCGAUCAGGAUUCGAUUAGCCUGGUUGGUUGUUUUUCGUUCAGAGCCGCACGGGUACUUUCGACAAUUCCGUGCUCUGGGGGCUGGGGCAGACGGCAGUGUUGCUGCUGAUAUUUAGUAGUGGGCUCAAAGCAAAGCCAGCAAUGGCGAGUUCAAUGUCGCUAACGCAAAUCAUGAUCUUCUUCUGAUGGUUAGCAGUAGUCUGUUUCUGUUU